GCUGAGCGCAGGGCGCGGGGCGCGGAGCCGAGCCGAGCGGAUCUCAGGGACGCGGGCUGCGGACCGGCGCGGGGACCCUCGCCGCCCCGCCGACGCAGCCCGGAGAGCGGGAUGGGGCGCCGCGCUGCCCGGGGGCCCGGCCCACCGCUCCCGGGACUCCGGCUGCUGCCGCUGCUGCUGCUGCUUGCGCUGGCGGCCCGCGGGGGCUGCGCCGCGCCCGCGCCCGCACCCCGCGCGGAGGACCUCAGCCUGGGGGUGGAGUGGCUCAGCAAGUUUGGCUACCUGCCCCCAGCGGACCCCACGACAGGGCGGCUGCAGACACAGGAGGAACUGUCCAAGGCCAUAACCGCCAUGCAGCAGUUUGGUGGCCUGGAGGCCACUGGCAUCCUGGACGCAGCCACGCUGGCCCUGAUGAAGACCCCACGCUGCUCCCUCCCUGACCUGCCCCCGCUGACCUGGGCUCGAAGGAGACGCCAGACUCCGGCUCCCACCAAGUGGAACAAAAGGAACCUGUCAUGGAGGGUCCGGACCUUCCCGCGGGCGGCGGCCCUGGGCCCCGACACGGUGCGGGCCCUCAUGCACUACGCCCUGAAGGUCUGGAGCGACAUCUCCCCGCUCAACUUCCACGAGGUGGCCGGCAGCGCCGCGGACAUCCAGAUCGACUUCGCCAGGGCCGACCACCAGGACGCCUACCCCUUCGACGGCCCGGGCGGCACCGUGGCCCACGCCUUCUUCCCCGGGGACCACCCCUCCGCCGGGGACACCCACUUCGACGAGGAGGAGGCUUGGACCUUCCGCUCCUCGGAUGCCCACGGGAUGGACCUGUUUGCGGUGGCUGUCCACGAGUUCGGCCACGCCAUCGGCCUGAGCCACGUCUCCGCCUCCAGCUCCAUCAUGCGGCCCUACUACCAGGGCCCCGUGGGAGACCCUCUGCGCUACCACCUCCCCUAUCAGGACAGGGUGCGCGUCUGGCAGCUGUACGGUGUGCGCGAGUCCGUGUCCCCCACGGCGCCGCUGGACACCCCAGAGCCCGAGCAGCCCCCGCUCCUGCCAGAGCCCCCCGACAACCGGUCCAGCAGCCCGCUCAGGAAGGACGUGCCCCACAGGUGCAGCGCCCACUUCGACGCCGUGGCCCAGAUCCGGGGCGAAGCCUUCUUCUUCAAAGGCAAGUACUUCUGGAGGCUGAACCGGGACCGGCACCUGGUGUCCCUGCAGCCGGCGCAGAUGCACCGCUUCUGGAGGGGCCUGCCGCUGCACCUGGACAGCGUGGACGCCGUGUACGAGCGGACCAGUGACCACAAGAUCGUCUUCUUCAAAGGAGACAGAUACUGGGUGUUUAAGGACAAUAACGUAGAGGAAGGAUACCCACGGCCCAUCUCGGACUUCAGCCUCCCACCCGGCGGCGUGGAUGCCGCCUUCUCCUGGUCCCACAAUGACAGGACUUAUUUCUUUAAGGACCAGCUAUACUGGCGCUAUGAUGACCACACCCGGCGCAUGGACCCUGGCUACCCUGCCCAGGGGCCCCUGUGGAGGGGUAUCCCCAGCACGCUGGAUGACGCCAUGCGCUGGUCUGAUGGUGCCGCCUACUUCUUCCGCGGCCAGGAGUACUGGAAGGUGCAGGACGGCGAGCUGGAGGCGGCGCCCGGGUACCCGCAGUCCACCGCGCGGGACUGGCUGGUUUGCGGGGAGCCACCCAAGGCCGGCGAGGUGGAGGCGGCCCGCGCACAGCCCGGGCCGCAAGGCCGCUCGCAGGACGGCUUCGCCGUGUGCUCCUGCUCGGCGGCCGCGCCCGCGCCGCCCCGCGCGCCCUCGGCGCCGCUGCUGCUGCUGUGCGCGCUGGGCGCCGCCACCCGGGCCCGCGCGCCCUGAGCUGCCCGCGGCGGGACGGCGCCUCCCUUCCUCUCCCGCUGCCCUUCCGCGCCCUGCUGGCGUCCAUGCCACCUUCCUGUGCCCCUCCUCGACCCCCGGGGGUCCCUGUGCCCUUUUCACCCAUGGGAUCCUGGAGGCCCCGGGAAACUCCGAGUGCCCGGCCUGGACGUUCACAGCCACUCGUCCCCCACCCGGCAAUCCCAUCCAGUGCCGCCCGCCGGGAGCUGGAGCCGCCUGCAGCGGGGACUUGCCUCUGCACCCAGUGGCCACUCAGGACCUGCCUGCCCAGUGCACAGAGCCCAGCGUCCAGGCCUGCUCCACCCAGCGGCAGCCCAGGGCAGAACCGCCCUCGGAUCCCGGCUCCUGCCCCUCCUGCCCAGAUGGAAAUCCGGGGCUUGUGUCCACAUUGCCUCCCGCCAGCUCCCCUCGCCCCCCAGGAGGGCUUCAUCUGCCCUCUGCAGACUCACCAGCAUCCUCCCUGGGGCUGCGGAGGGGCCUUCUGACCCCGGGACUAACAGUGGGGUUCACAGGGGAAGAGGACGGCCGGGUGAGCGGCAGACCGUAGGCGGGAAGUGCGGCUGUCUGACGGGUGGAACAGAGGGUGACAGGCCGCUCCAGCAGCCCAGCCGCAGCACCUGGACGGGUGGAACCUCAGCUCGGACCCGGAGAAGCCGGAGUUCAGCAGGAGGGCCCCACCUGCAGCAGUGGCCUUCAGGGGAUCCGGAAGGCCCACCGAAUGGAGGAGGGAGGGUGGCUGUGAGCGGGCAGUGCAGUGUUCUGAGGGAAAGGCAAGAGGGAGAGGAGACACCAGUGCAAAGGUCCUGGGGUGGGGCGGGGCCUCCUGGGCUCCCCGGCACUGCACGGCGUUGGGGUUUGCUCCUUGAGUGAUGGGAAGUCACCGGUCACCCUGCAGCUCUAGGGAUGCGCCAAGAAGGCCCCAUUCCACUGGUGAGGACAGCUCCCUUCACCAGAUUGUCACACUUCCUGGCCCCAGGAGCAGAGGCCAGACCAGCCCCUCCCAAGCCCAGCCAUAUCCUGUGUCCCUCUGUCCACUCCCUGGUACUUGGAGUGGCCCCUGCCAUCAGGACGGACGGGAAGGCCUGGGGGGUCUCUGGGAGACAGGUCCCCUGGGGAAGGCUCCCUCCUGUUCUUCAGUAAUGCCCUCCACAUACCCAGCCCCUUCCCGUUGUCCUGCCAUGCUGGCCGCGGGUCCAGCAGCCUGCGGUGGGGGAGGCCCUGAGGUCCCAGAGGCCGGGUGUCCUGCUGCUGUCUCUCUGUCGUCCUGACGCCCUCUAAUAAAACUUUUCUACG